UCAGUAUCGCGGCAAACCGCAAAUGCACCAACUUUGCAACCAUUUAUUUAUUUUAUCCUCACCAUUCUUCCUUUUGCCAGAUUGAAGUUUCCCAUAAUAUCCAUCUCUCUCUCUGGUUUUCUUCCAUGGCUUCUUCUCUGCAUUUUCUUCUUCUUGUCUCUUCAUUUCUCUACACUUUCAGCAUAUCUCAAGCCAAACCCUACAACCAACUAAAUGGUCUCAUUUUUCAUGUGAAAAAAGAUGUGUCUACUCUCCAGUACGUGACCGAAAUUCACCAUGGCACUCCACUUGUACCCACAAAGCUUGUAGUUGAUCUCGGCGGUCCAUUUCUCUGGCUCAACUGUUCAUCAUCGUCUUCUAGCCGUCUGAUUUAUCAGCGCUCAAUCCAGUGCCUUGCAGCCAAGCCAAAAACCCAUGUUCAGGGUAGCAACAAGAAGUGUGAUAUUUUCACGGAAAAUAGGAUAACUCAAGUGGCGACACAAGGGGAUUUACUAGAAGACAUCAUGGCCGUUGAUCAAGUCACAGAUGGGUCAAAGACAGGAUCAAAAUCAAUCACCGCAGUUGGUUACAACAUCCUUUUUUCUUGUGCACCCAUAUUCUUGUUAAACGGCAUCCCAAGUGGCGCAAAGGGAAUGUUAGGCCUCGGAAGGACGCAAAUGUCAAUGGCCUCACAAAUUUCUGCCCAACUCAGCUCCAAAUUCCAAUUCAUCAUCUGCCUUUCUUCAUCAAACGGUGUCGUCUUACACGAAAACGGCCACCACAGUUCGAAUUUUCGCUCCAAAAUUCCGGACUCAAUGACAUACACACCCCUUGUUAACCAAGUUGAGUCACCACAUGAGUACAUCAUCAAUUUGAAGUCCAUCAAAAUUUGUGGGAAGAAAAUGUCUCCGGAUAUUGUAGAAGGGAAGAUUAAGCUAAGCACAAUUGUUCCCUACAGUACUGUGGAGAGCUCGAUUUAUGCUACAUUUACUAAAGUUUAUGAGCAGGCUGCAAUGUCUAUGAACAUGACUAGGGUUUCCCCUGUGGCACCAUUUGGGCAAUGUUUUAGUUCACGAAAAAACGAUGGCACGUUGGUCGGUCCAAAGGUGCCGGUUAUCGAUCUGGUGCUGCAGAGUGAGAUGGUGGAGUGGAGAAUUCACGGCAGAAACUCGAUGGUUCAAGUAAGCGAUGAAGUUAUGUGCCUGGGGUUUUUGGAUGGAGGUUUGAACUUGAAGACUUCGAUGGUAAUAGGGGGUUAUCAAUUGGAGGACACCCUUCUACAUUUUGAUGUAGGUGCUUCUAGGCUAGGAUUUACUCAUCAAAGUUGUUUUGAGUUGAGAUUAGACUCUGAGUUUAAACAUACACUGUAGCAUGUUAACAAAUGUUGUUCAAUUUUGGUAACAACUACACGCAAUGGUCCUAUACUUGACUUUCUGUACCUACAAACUGUGCUUAUUGUACUAGAUUUUGACUAUCCAGAUGAACUUUUUUUGUGCAA